GUCGUGACGUAACGCGUCCAAGUACGCCUGAUAAUUUCCGUCGUGACGCAUGCGUAUUCGCUCGCGAGAAGAGAGAAAAAUUGGAAUUAGUUGAACGGAAUCUCGGAAAGCGAGUACGAGAAACGCAGUGGUGCCGUUUUAACAAUAUCACUGCGAGCACACGGAAAGUAAAAAUCCAUUAAGUCACUGUUAAUAAAAUAGAAGAAACGAAAGCUCUUUACACCGAGGUGACGCGAUUCAACGUCCAUUGGAUUGUCGAGCGACAUUGAAAAAUAUAGGAUGGCGAAGCCUGCGCAAGUUUUAAUUAUCGAGCCGGAAAACGAGCUACGAUUCAGGGGUCCGUUUACUGGAGCUCCAGUCACAUCUUACAUAAAACUAAUAAAUCCUACCUCUGACAAAGUAUAUUUUAAAAUAAAGACGACCGUACCAAAGAAAUAUUGCGUACGUCCUAACUCUGGAGCUUUAAAGCCAAUGGAGGUCGCCGAAAUAGCAGUGUGCUUACAACCUUGUGAUUUUGAUCCAGCGGACAAAAAUAAACACAAAUUUAUGGUUCAGAGUUUAAUAGCUCCCGAUAAUGAUUCAGAUGAUUAUUUAAAUAACGAUGUCUGGAAAGAUACGAAGCCAGAGCAAUUAAUGGAUUCUAAGUUAAAGUGCGUAUUCGAGAAUCCGGUAACAACUACUGCUGCAACUAAAACAACUACAACUACUACGACAACCAGGUCGGAUACUAAUACGAAUAAUGAGAAAAAUAAAGGUACUGGUGAUUCUGUGAAAUCCUCUCCAAAGGUAUUGGAAGAAACAGAAGAGAAAUUGUUAAAAGCUGCACAAGAAGUCACUCAGCUUAGAGUAGAGGAAAGUGCUCUUAGGCAGGAGAACCUUCAACUUAGGAGAGACUUAAUGAAAUACCGAAACGCAGCAUUGGAGGAAGCUAGAGGUUUGCCCGCACAGAACAGUAAUCAGUUUUCUCCGACGUCAACUAGUUUUCUCAUUGCCGUUGCUAUGGUCAUAGUAGGCUAUUUGUUGGGAAAACUAAUCUGAGCAGUCCUUAUUCUUUAAAUAUACAUCGGCACAUCCCUUCUUCCCCUACGUUCUUAGUCUGUCCCCCUGCCAUCUUCAGACUGCAAAGACCAAUAAUUUCAGUCGUACCAUUACUUGGUUGUUCAUUAUAAAUUGUAUUAACAUAGUGGUCUGUAUUAAUAGGGCUAUUUCCUAUGGGAAUGUGCUUUGUCCGGUAAAGCAGCAUUUGAAACUUUAAAUCCUUUUUUAAGAAACGGUUUGUUAUGCUCCAACCAAGCGAUUAUUUUCCAAGCGACAACCCAACGGUUUGGUAUUGAAGUCACAUUAGUUAAUUGUUAAGCAUCUAAGAAAUGUUACUGAUUUAAGUAGAAAACUUAAAUAAAUAUCGAGUAGCAUGUCUUGGAUAAACGUUUAGGAUUUUAUGUAUUCGUUAAUAACACAUUUCCCACACAUACACUUCUUACAAAAGGAUUUUCGCUUUAAAACACUUGCCUGCGUCCUGUGUCUUUGCUACCAUGCCACCACUAAGCCGAACAGAUUACCACCUAUACAAAAUAUUCAUUUGAAGAAAUUUAAACAAAUUUUUUGACAAGUUUUUCCAAAUAGUCCAAAGAUCUAUCAUUUAUUAAAUUUGAACUCUACUUUUUAGAUCCGCGCAUUUAGAUCUCACUCCAAUUAAUCGCGAAUAUUCUAACAUAUUUCUAAUUUCUUUCUUUCUUUUUUUUUUUUUUUUUUUUUUUUUCUUUUCCUUUUUUUUUUCUCUCCUUCCUUAUUAAAGUAAUUGAAAAAUAUAUAAUAAUACCAUUUAAUGAGAUCAAGCAUCAUUGUAAACACUGUGUGUGUUCUAUAAAGAAUAACUCGGGCACGUUAACACUGUGAUAGGUAAUUAACGCCUUAUUCAUUCAAUUGUAUUUCAUUUUGAUUUCAACUUGUUCAUUCUACAUUUUCUAUGUAGUUCGAUUUGCUCAAAGAUAUUUAUUUUGAAGAUACAGCAGAGAGGGAAGGGGGGCUGACUGAAUAGUAGUGGUUCGUCAUUGUCCAUACGGUAGUGAUGACUGCAUCAACCAGCAGUGGCAUAUAAUUUAAGAAGUUAAUGCAUUGAAUUUAUGACGCUUCAGUGUAAUUUUUAUUUCUUUAUGUUUGUCUUAUAAAAAUUAAAAAUAAAGAUAUCUCGGAUGUCGCACUACACAAUAUUUGUACUUUGUACCUCUCUGUCAUUAAAUUCUUUUUGAAUCUAAAGUGGAGCAUGGCUUACAUGGACACGGUAUCGCUCGGUUUCUUUUUCUUUUCUUUUCUUUUCUUUUCUUUUUUUUUCCUUUCUUUUUUUUUUUCUCUCAAUAAACGAAGAAAUAAGAAGAGAAAGGGGGGGGGGGGGGAAAAGUACAUGUACGACCGAAAGAAAUACACUUUCAACACGUUGGCAUGCUAGAAAUUAUAAUAAAUAAAGUAUGUCUUCGCACUUGGUAUACACAAAAUUUAAAUGUUUAUAUAUUUAUGUUAAGAGAAAACAACAAUGGCGAACUACCUAUUUGUAAUUUAACUAAAUUUUCAAUUGAUUUCAGUUUUUUUCUCCUCCCACAAUAUUUUAUGAAUUGUCUUUCAUUCAUAAUGAAUCAUAAUUAUAUUUCUCUAAUUUACGUAUAUACAUACGUAAUAUAAUACGUCACAAUGCAACCGUGUUCGUUUUUAUUAUUUAUACUAUUAUUUAUUACAAGUACGUUGAGAUCUAAUACGGUCAACCUGAAGAAAUAGAUUUUGCGAAAAACGCCAGACGAUUUAUCAGAUCUUUAACAAUUCUUUAACAAUUGUUUACGAUCGUAGAGAUGGAUCGUAGGUUAAUAUAUAGUUGUAUCUUUAAGGAGAAGUGGAGGAGAGAGACUUGACAUACACAAACACAUACAUUAUUAUAUAUCGGCUUUCCGGUGUUACUUAACGAGAAGAGAGAAAGAAAGAAAAAAAAAAGUCGGCAAAGAUAAUCCGUGCCACGUUUUUCUGUACAUAAGGUACUUACUCGUGUCUCUAUAAUGCACGUCUGUUCUGUGCAUUCGCGUAUUAAUAUAAAGCCGUUUAAGAUUCUAUAAUAAUAAAUAAGUAAUAGUAAUAAUAUAAAACGGUCGGGAUCUCUUUAAUGAGAUCUCCGUCGACGAUCUCUGUAACGAGUUGAAAAUAUACAUUAAAUGAUUUACUUAUAUAAAAAUGAGAGAGAGAGAGAGAGAGAGAGAGAGAGAGAGAGACGGAACAAUCCAAUGGAUUAUAUUCACAUAUUUUGCUGAAGAAAGCUCGAAUGAAAUCAAAACGAAACGGCACUCGCGCCUCUUCAUUUGGCCGAGGAUUCGUCGUUUCGUUACGGUAUCGUUCGAGUUUCGUCAAUAUCUUUAUAAAAAAAAAAUAUCUCUUUUCAUUGAUAUAUUUAAUUAAUAAUAAUCUUUUGCGUCAGAAUUGUACGUCCGUUAGGAAAAGCAUUAAACAAAAAAGAAUCCGACAGACGUUGUGUAUCGUGUCAUUUUAUCAUCGAUUUCAAUAUAAACAUUAAUUUUAAUAAACUUUAUCAGUAGAAUAUUA